CCUUCGACUUGGAAUCAUCCGCUCUCCUCUUGCGGUGUAUCUGACGAGAAACUUUCCCCGCCGAAGUCACUGUCCAUGAGCUCUUUCGAAAGGAGAGACUGAAAGGAAAAGGUCAUUUGGUUCCAGAAUUGUGUUUUCGGUGACAACAAUCAUCUUUUAAUACUGAACAUCGUCAAGCAACAAGUGUGGUACACCGGGAGGCGAUUGCACAUGGGCGCACAGUGUGCAAGAUCAGAGAAGACACUAGAAUGCAACUGUAAGCGAAUUCAACCUUUUACCGCUACAUAGUGCCUUGCAGGAUAGCUCCAAAUACGUUUGUUACCUAAGCCUACACAAAGCAUUAGUAACAUUUGAUUACUGGGCAGCUUUAGUGAUUCAGGAUACGUCCAGUGCUUUGAUAAUCUUUCUCCAAAGUAGAGCCAUUUCCUUAUUGCCUGAAAAAAAAGGUUAGUAAGAUGCAGGUAUCUACAAGUUAUUAACUGGUUCUUAAACGUUGUCCUGCUCAAAUAGUACUUUUAGAAGUGCCUGUUCGUAUUUAACAGAAUUUUUAAGCAAUAAUAUAAGAAUCUCGGAGCCUGAAACUAAUCCCAAUAGACUUCAAGUAAUAAUUAAAGGAUAACUGUAGAAAGAAAUUCUGAAGAUAUGACCAACACAACCUCUGAGAACAUUCGCAGAAAACAGAACCAAAAGUCUUCGAAGAGAAACAGAAACUGUUCUGAGAAUCUAACCAGAGACCUAAGUUUUCCUUCCUCGAGACUCGGCAGGAACUCUCCUUCACCACGUUCCUCAAGAAUCAAAGAUUCAUCCACUAAAUGGAGAUGGAUUAUAUUCUUUGCCGUUAUAGUAUCUGGAGUAGAUGGGAUCAUGCAGACUACAGAUCUGGAUCUCCAAGUGGCUUCAGACAAGCAAACAGGUAGACGAGGUACGCAGCAAUUUAACGCAGACGGGAUACGACAGGAGUUGACGGAAUCUCGGAGGAAUCUUUCUAUUUGUGGAAGCAGGCGCAUUGUCAACACAGUUUCUCAACUCAGGAAACUGCGGGGUUGCUCCGUCAUCGAGGGAAACCUGCAAAUUGUUCUUAUUGAAAGUGACAGGGACAUCUCCGCCGAAUGGGGAAAAUACUCGUUUCCCGAACUGGUGCAGAUCACCGGCUUCUUGCUCGUAUUUCGGGUACACGGACUGCGCUCUCUUGGUCAGCUGUUCCCGAAUCUAGCUGUCAUUAGGGGGAUGACGCUACAGAAUGAUUACGCCCUCGUUAUUUACUACGCAAUGCAGCUGGAGACUGUAGGCCUACACAGCCUGACGAGCAUUAUGAGAGGGAGCGUCAGGAUACAAGAAAACUAUAAUUUGUGCAACGCUGACACAAUCGAUUGGUCUGCCAUCACAGAAAGAGAAAUUACAGAAAAUGUCUUCAAGAAUAACAACGAAAUCAUCUGCAAUCGUUGCAACUCGGCCAAGAAAUGUCCCCGAGACAACUGCUGGUCAGGCUCACAGUGUCAGCGAUUCUGCAGCCCCGAAUGCGGAAACCGGAGCUGCAUCAGCUACGACCAAUGUUGCCACGAACUUUGCGUCGGCGGUUGCACCAAACCGGAUGACGCGGGCGCCUGCGUCGCCUGUCGCAACGUGUCCCUCCUGAAUAUGUGCUUGGGCAAGUGCGGCAGUAGGUAUUAUAAGUAUUUAGGAUACAGAUGCGUAGACGAAUUGCAGUGCAUCAAGAUGGGGGAUCACCUCUUGUACGAUCCCCCGGGAGGGGAGCAGGAGUGCGUCCGCGAGUGCCCAGUUGGGUAUCAGGAACGCAUCGAAGUGUACCCGGGCGGGAGAGAAGUUCCCACUUGCAAGAAGUGUGACGGAGUUUGCAGUAAAAUAUGCCGAAGCCAGUUUAUCAACAGUAUCGAGAAAGCACAGUCUCUUCAAGGCUGCACAGUUAUUGAUGGGCCUCUGAUCAUAAGCAUUACAGGUGGGAAAAACAUUUCGAAGAAAGUGACGGAGAGUUUGAAGUUUGUGAGGGUGGUGAGGGAUUACGUCAGGAUCUUCAGCUCCAACGCCCUCAUGUCGGUGGAGUUCCUUAUGUCGCUCCAGGUCAUCGAGGGAAGGAAAUUGUACAUUGAUAAGUACGCCUUAUACAUACAUGACAACGAAAACUUGGAGAUGAUAUGGGACUGGGACGCCCACGUUAACUUAACUAUAACGAAGAGAAACGCAAAGGUCCUGUUUCAUUCGAACCCUCGCCUGUGCUACGAGAAAAUCGAGCAGUUCCUGGACAAGGUCGGUCGACAGAGCGAGGAGAGCAACUUGGACAUGAAACUCACCAACGGGAACAAAAUCGCCUGUCGCGUCAUGAAGCAAAAUAUCAUCCUGAAGGCGAUGAGACACCGGGGAGUGAUCGAGAUCAAGUGGCACACGGCGUUCAUCACCCCGGACGACCGGAUGCUCUCAGGGUAUUACGUGUACUACAAGUCGUCUAAGAACAACGAGACUUACUUGGGCGGCAGAGACGCUUGCGAUGAUGACUGGACAAUGAAGUACGUAGAGAUCAACAAAUUCGACACCUGGAUCGUCAGGUACCUCAAAUAUUUGGAGCCUGACACCAGAUACGCUAUUUACGUGGAAACUGACACGGUGGUAGACUACGACAGUGGGGCCAGAGCACGGUCUAACAUAGACUACGUGAAAACAUUGCCCCAUAACCCUGACAGCCCUAAGAACCUGAAAGUCUUGAAGAUAAGCGAAGAUAGCGUCACCAUGGGCUGGUCCCCACCUCGCCAAGCGAAUGGCCUAAUAGACCACUACGUCGUUAGGGUGAAGCCAUUUCCCUUUCCGAGCAAGAAGGGCUGCCCUGAUUUCACUUCUUCGUAUCUGGCCAGCGAAGACAUCCUUCAUGAAAAGGAGGAUGUGAGCAGCACAACUCAUCCUCCAGUCAGCCCUGACAGCGAGGCGGAGACGCAGCAGAACAACCCGAAGGAGUGUUGCUUGUGUCCUUUGGAAACCCGGCGGCAGCAACUGAAGAAGGAUAUCACUUUCAAGGAUGCCCUCUUUUAUUCAGUGUACACGGGCCAUUCCUUCCGGCAAGUAAGAGACACUCAUGAGGACAGCAUUUCUAUGUACAGUAAUUAUAUAGACAACUCUGAUAUAGAUGUUGAAGUUCCCCAGGGGCAAGAGCCGUUCCCGACGGAGUACAUAAAACCCAGUCCUUUCAUGUUGCCAGAGAAGUAUCUACUGAAGAAUCGGUUUUCGUUUCCAGAGGAAUGGGUAACUUCCACGAGAAACACGACCAUCUUCAUACCAGGCCUCAGUUACUACACCAGGUACAAGGUUGAGGUAUCCGCGUGCCACCCGCCAUUAUACAACGAUAAAGGAGGGCAAACAGUUCUGUGUUCCCUUCAGCCAGCAACGAAAUUCGUCAUAACACUGGAGAAAAGUGGCGCCAAUCACGUGACCAAUUUCUCCGUGGUGGACAGUAGUCAACCUGGUACCCAGGUCAUAGGUUGGGACCCCCCAGAAUUCCCCAAUGGAGAAUUAAUUGCUUACGUCAUCGUCCUACAGCCACAGACGACGCCAUCUAAUUGGGCUUCAAGCAGGGUACCGCAACCUUUCUGCAUCACCGCCCAGGAGUUUGAAGAGAAGAAUAACACCUUCGAACUGCCCGAGAGUGCCCUGGAUCCUGGGGUAUAUACCCUUAGCGUCAAAGCCUACACUAGCCCACCGUCAUCCCUCAACGAGUCUUACGUAAAUAUUUCCUUCAAAAUAAAGGUGGGGACACUUGAAACUGGCACCCCUGGCAUCACUGUGUGGGCUUCGAUCUUCGGGUUCUCCGUCCUGAUGGUGUUGGUAGUUGUGGGCGUUCUGUUCAAAACGUUGUCGAAAAAGUCCUAUCCGAUACAGACGUGGAAUGAACAGUACGUCAGUGCGACGGAGACGCAAUCCUGGAGCCAGAAGAUCCAGUGCAUGUUCUCAGAGGCCCACAUCCUGCAGAUGCACAACUUGCAGUUGGAGAACGACAGCGAGCUGGGCAAGGGGCACUUCGGGGUGGUCGUCCAUGGCAGCUUAAACCUGAAUAACUCUUCCGUUCCCAUCGCCGCCAAAGUCGUCACAGACUCCCAGGCGAAGGAUGAGAUUCUAGACGAGGCAAAGUUGAUGCUGAAACUCGACUGCUACCACCUAGUGAAAGCAUACGGGGUAGCAGCUGGACCGACCCAGGUGUACCUUGUAAUGGAGUACAUGACAAGAGGAGACCUGCUGAAGUAUCUCCGGUCACUCAGGCCUUCUGAUAACGAUGUAUUUUCCGUUCUCAGUGUUGAUCAAGUGUGCGCUAUGGCCGUCCAGAUAGCCGACGGAAUGGCUUACUUGGCCAGUCACAAGAUAGUUCACAGGGACUUGGCUGCGCGUAACUGCCUCAUUGAUGAUCAGCUUAAUAUCAAGAUCUCAGAUUUUGGAAUGUCCAGGGUCACUGGCAACGAUUAUUACAUGAUACACAACACGAAAUGUUUCCCAGUGCGUUGGCUUCCUCCGGAAUACCUGAACCACUCGAGAUUCACCAGUCAAAGUGACGUGUGGAGUUACGGUGUGGUGGUGUUUGAGAUACUCACGGGAGGAGCAAGGCCCUACAAGCUCUUAACGGAAGAAAUGGUCUGGGAACACGUCGUUCAAGGGCAUACUUUGGAAUACGAGAUUCCUGCCGAUACCCCAGGAUUCCUCUCCAAAGUCGUGGCCAGUUGCUGGAAGUUCCACGAUCACCAGAGACCAUACUUUCCACAGAUCAUCUCUGCUUUGUUCCCCAGCACCUCCCAUUGCUUUUCCCAGCAUUUCAGGAUGGUUUCCUUCUACCACACCGACGCCGGGCAAGAAUACAAGCGCCAGACAGAAAUGCUGUUAGACUCAGAAGUCGAAAGUGACGACACGGUGCCAGUGACGACGCCAACUUCAUCCCACGGCGCCUGUGAUGACUCCCAACCUCCUUCACUUCCUUCGAGACCCCUUUGGGGAUUGAAGUGGCCGACCUCAUUGUCAUUCCGUGCGCAUUCGACCACUAAACCUACACAGUAUUCCCUCGAGUCUCCUGUACCUAAACAGGAUGGGAGUCAUGUGACCUCGCUAGUCCUACACAAAGACAGGCGAGGCAUUUUAGGAAGUGGCUCCCAAGAGGGAGCAGAUCGUCCAAGUAACACAAAGUCGGUUCUGUCGAAAGAUUCACGGAACGCACCUGUUCCAUCGAAGGACUCGAUCAAGCACCGUAGCAGUACCUCUGACUUACGUUCAUCCCAAGAGGGUCAGAAUAUUUUGGUGAAAAUCAACGAGGACUCUGAUCUCCCUGUAAACAGCAUCAUCGUAAAUAUUGACAAACAUGGGGCGCCCUCUUCUUCUCUCGCUUCUUCCAAGGAUUUGACGCGAAAUGGGUCUCGAAUGGCAAAAAAAUCUUUACGCAGUUUUCGUUCUGUUAGUUCCCCCAAUAUCAAAGCUAGUGCUAGCUAAGCAUAUAGUUAUCACUAUAUGUUGGAGAAAUUUUAUUUAAUAUUUAAAGGCUUUUGUUUCAGUUUCAGUAUGACCCCUCCAUACGUUCGUUUGACAUUAUUUUUUCACUUUUAAAAGUGCUGUACAAAAAGUAUAUUUUAAUAAAUGGUAUGAUGUAUCACCUGACAUUUUC